AUGGACGUUUGGGGUGACUUUUGGGUACGCGCGUUCCCCAUGGCCCUCUCAUGGCCUCGCUUCAGCCCAAACCCUCUUUUGCCGCGUGAUAGCAGCCACGGGCGAAUCAUGUUGCGCAGCGCCCGAUACGGUGGCCCCCCGUCCUGGCAUGAAACGGGGUUACUCCUGGUAAGGCGACCGUCUGCUCAACAGCGAAUUGCCAUGUUGCAAAGUGCCAUGUAA